UCGGUGGUACCAGCAGCUCUGUUCCUUGCAGCCAAGGUGGAGGAGCAGCCUCGUAAACUGGAUUACGUUAUCAAGGUAGCACAUGCCUGUCUGCAUCCCCAGGAGACUCCUCUAGACACCAAGAGCGAGGCUUACCUGCAACAAGCCCAAGACCUGGUCAUUCUAGAGAGCAUAAUACUGCAGACCCUGGGUUUUGAGAUCACUAUUGACCACCCCCAUACCCACGUGGUGAAGUGCACACAGCUCGUGCGAGCCAGCAAGGACUUGGCGCAAACUUCCUAUUUCAUGGCUACCAACAGCCUGCACCUGACCACCUUCAGCCUGCAGUACACCCCUCCCGUUGUGGCCUGCGUCUGUAUCCACCUGGCCUGUAAGUGGUCCAACUGGGAGAUCCCAGUCUCCACGGACGGGAAGCACUGGUGGGAAUACGUUGAUGGCACUGUAACUCUGGAGCUCUUAGAUGAACUGACUCAUGAAUUCCUGCAGAUCCUUGAGAAAACUCCCAACCGGCUGAAGCGCAUCCGGAACUGGCAGGCCUCUCAAGCAGCCAGGAAACCAAAGGCUGACGACCACGGCGAAGAUGAGAGCCUGUCGGAGCAGACGAUCCUCAACAUGAUUUCCAGGAACAAUAGUUCAGACAUGAACAUUGCUGGGUUAAUGAGCAUGUCAACGUCCUCGACCGCCGGAGCAGGGCCCUCUCUGCCGGCCACAGCGGACUCGCCCAGCGACCAGGGCGGUGCGGAUAUGUCCCAGCCUGACCACUGGCAUCCUCCACCCAAGCUGGAGCUUGGCCAGAGCCACAGGACUAACGAGAGCUCGUCGGCUGCCGAGCAUCCCUUGCAGCAAGAUGGCGCUGGUUAUCCGAAGCCGAGCGGCAAGAACGCGCCGUCGGCCAAAGUGUCGCUCAAGGAGUACCGGGCCAAGCACGCCGAGGAGCUGGCGGCUCAGAAGCGGCAGCUGGAGAACAUGGAGGCCAACGUGCGGUCUCAGUACGCCUACGCUGCGCAGAAUCUGCUGGUCCAGCAGCAGCGGGAGAGGGAAGUCCAGCAGGACAGCAACCCCUCUCCGAUCAUCCUGAAAAUCCCCGUUGGUGGCUCGGAGAACCCUGAGCGCCCUCCGGGCCCUGAAAAGAGUGACAAAAGACGCUUUGCUCGCCGCAUCUGCCCUCGAGUGGCUCGGAGGGACGUCAUCCGCCAGACCAGGUACAUGAUCUAA